AUGGCGGAAGAAAAAUCUAAGAAGAGUUUUGUGCUGGCGUAUGACAGUGACGACGAUGAGUACGCAAGUGAGAAAGAUUCAGAGCAGACAGAAUUGAGUUUGAUUCUAGACAAACUUAGCUUAGGAUCCAAGAAAGAGAAGAAACUCUUGAUCUUAAGUCCAAACGGUCUACUUCUACACCGAGUCCAUAUGCAAAAUUUGCGUAGAAAGCCCGAGAACCGAUCUCCAGAUGCAACUUGUGGGCCAAAUCUUGUGUAUAAGAGGCCAUUUGCUGGAGAGUUCAUGAAGUUUUGCCUUGAGAGAUUCGAAGUUGGGAUAUGGUCAUCUGCUAACGAGUUAGAUCAAAAACAUAGUACUAAUAGUGGAUUCAAGACACUAGAGAACAGUGAUAAGCCAAUGUUCUUCAAGGAUCUUUCUAAAGUGUUUCAAAAGUUCAAAGAGUUCUCUGCUUCAAACACUAUUCUCAUUGAUCCUGAACCCUACAAAGCUCUUAUUAAUCCUGAAAAUACAGGAGUCUUUCCAGUGACUUAUGUUCCUACAAACAAAAAUGAUGAUUUUCUUGAUCCAGAAGGAAAGUUCUGCUCUUACUUGGAUGAUCUGGCAAAUGCAUCGGAUGUGCAAGCUUAUAUUAAAGAGAACACUUUCGGACAACCCAAGAUUGAUUCUUCUCACCUUGACUGGUCCUUCUACCGCAAGGUCUCAAAGAUUGUCUCCGGUCUAGCAUGA